GCGAAGUUGUCAUCAUCGACGCACAACAGGGUUGUCGGACUACGUUCAACGGGGUUUUCCUUCGAUGGCGGCGUUGUUGCUGUGUGUGGACCCCUGCAGAGCUGGCUACGGGGCAGUCAAAUGUCUCGUAAAGGAACUCCCUCCGCUUGCAAGUCAAAACAAAUCCCGCGAAUCUUUCGUAAUCGACGUGGUUUGUGUUCGGUUCGCGGUUGGCCGCACAGUGAGGUCGGCGUCGUGAGUGGAUCCACGAUAGGUUACGACGAAUCGAGUCUUCUAGCCGCUACACCGGAUGAGGAUAAAAGAAAGGAGGCAAAUAAAAAAGGAAAACAUAAAGCGAGGGAGGACGAGGACGAGGAGGAGACAACGACGACAACGUCAACGAUACGUUAUCCGGAGAAGGUUUGGGUGAUAGAGAGCAGUCAGGAGACGUGCGACAGUGUCGGGAGCCAGACGAACGUCGAUCCGAUCGGUAAAACCGCCGAUGUCGAGACUGUAGCCGACAUCGAGAAAUGGUUAAAAACGCGCACCGAGUCCGUGUCGAGCAUGGAUCUCGACGCGAUCAAGUCCGGGGUCGAGGAGGGCGUCGACCGGUACCUGGGCGAGGAACUCCAGCACGCUUUUCUGGAAAAGGACCCUGACGGUCUGUCAAUCGACAUAGAUCUGUCCGACAAGAAACUGAAUCUAGGUUAUGAUCCGUUGCUACAAGAGCUGCAGAGCGAGAAACUGCUCGACGCCUGCGAGAAGGACGGUUUCAUACUGCCAGAGUUUCAGCUCGAUCACUUGGACCCGUUGGCUCUGUCUCCGGACGAUAUGAUGGUCGCCGGCGAAAUUUUGCCGUCGACCAGCGCGCAACCAACCCUAACCGUUCCCAACAGUGACGUAGACGGGAUAUGCGUGGAGACGGAUCAAAAUUCGAUAAUGCGAAAGACCAUGAUUCCGGACGACCAAGAGCCCCAUAGCAAGUCCGCGCAGGCUGUCAUUGAUAACCUGCAUGUUAUGGAGAAUGUAAAGAAAGAGGAUGACAUUAAGUCCUCGAAGGACAAUGGUUUAGGGGACAGUGCCACGAAUCUCUAUAUGCAGGAUCUCAGUACAGAUAAUGAAGUCCACGAACUGCCAAGCGAGAAGUUAGUUGACGAUUCGGAGAAUGCCAUAAUCGAACAGUUAAAAACUAAAGCUAAAGUCAAGCUAGAGCCUAGAAUUAUUAAGAGACGCAGGAGGAUAUCGGGAACUGGGGAGAAGAAGUUAGAUAGUGAGAUAAAAAUAACCGGGGAGGAUUUCAUAGACACCGAAGACGGUGUCAUGGCAGUUGUAGCAAUAUCUACAGAUAAGAUUUCAAAUAUGACACAAAUUGUUAUAAACACUGGGACAGAGGAACAAAUCUAUCAAGGAAGGACAUCAGAACUUAUAGAAGCUACUGGUAAUUUUCCAAAAUUACCAAAACUAGAUACUUCAACGGCAUGGAACAACACAAUAGAACAAAAUGAUAAUCUAAAUAAUCAUGAAAUGGUGAUAUCCAAUGCUCUGGAGGAAUUAGGCAUUACGGAUGACAAUUUACAGCCAAUAUCCAUUACCGAAAAUGGGAAAGUGUGGGUUUGUCCUCGAGAAGACUGCUGUAGACAAUUUAGUAAACUAUAUGCCUUGAAAGGCCAUUUAUUAGCUCACUACGGAGUAAGACCCUUUAAGUGCGACUUUGAAGGAUGUGCUUGGGCAUUUUAUUCAGAAUUUAAGCUUAAGAGGCACAAAGAGACACACUUAAAACGUAAAGACUAUGUUUGCGAGGUAGAAGGUUGUAAUCGUCGGUUUACAACAAUUUACAAUCUGUGGAGUCACGCGAAGCUACAUAGUCGGCCAAAUAGGAUAGUGUGUCAAGUACCAGACUGCCAAGAGAAGUUCCAGACGAAGAGAGCCCUGGAACUCCACAUGAAAUCCCAUGACCAGAGUCACGCUCCGUAUGUCUGUAAACACGAGGGAUGCGGGAAACGAUAUUAUAGUAGUAAUGCUUUGACGUCGCAUCAAAGAUGCCAUAGUUAUAAAGAAGUAGAUGUAAAAUGUUCGUGGCCGGGCUGCGGAAAAGUAUUCGAUAAGCCGUGCAGGCUCAAGGCCCACAUACGUUCUCAUACCGGUUGCAAACCUUAUCUUUGUACAUUUCAAGGUUGCCAGUGGGCUUUCUCAUCCUCUAGCAAAUUGAAGAGGCAUCAGAAGAAGCACACCAACGAACGUAAAUUCGUGUGCGACGUUCCCUCAUGCGGGAAAGCGUUCAUGAGGUCGGAACAUCUCAAGGAACACAGACUGACCCACAAGGAAGGGAGAUACUUUCAAUGUUUUCUAUGUAAUGCGAAAUUCUCGGCGAAAAGUAGUUUAUACGUUCACAUAAAGAAGCAUCAAAUUAAAGAGGAACUAGAACCGAAUCAACGGGACGUCGUCGUUGGUGGUGGUCAGAAACGUGGUAAAGUGAAAGAACCACAAUGCUCCAGGGUAAAUCCGGUUGUGAAAUCGAAAAGAAAGUCAAUAGACCUGAAUGUGAAUACAGGCUUCCUAAACCCAUCCGCCACCGAGAACCUCGAACCGAACGACAAUAGUCUGAGAAAUAACAAUGAAAAUCAAAUUAAAAUUGAACCAGUGCCUCCACAAGAUCAAUCCAAGACAUUGUAUCAUUGUCCGGUUGAGACCUGUACACGUUCGUACACCACAAAAGCUACGUUAAGGGCACACAUGUUGAAAGUACACGGCACACCGGUCGAAGAAUGUGAUAAGUCGUCGAAUGCAGUGUCCGCGAGUCCAGUCUGCAAUAUGGAUUACAUUUUAUACACUGCACCGUCGGUGUCGGAACCUACCGAUCAAAUGAUAAUGGUAGCGCCGUGUGAUGCUGUUAUACUCAGCACCUCGAAUGAUACAGAUCGCUCUCUACCGGAACCGGAACCACCACCUCUUAACAACAUACUGAAAACCACGGAACCUUCUACGAACGUUACAACGCACCAGCAGCUGUCUCAUCAACACGUGAGAAAGGAUCAGGGAUCAGCAAGGACUGACUUAACAUUCUCCGACGUGUCAAAACUGAAAUCGAACGGUGCUGUUUUAGAUUCUAUUGUCGGAGCAUCCGAUGUUGUGUUAGGUGCAAGUGAUAUAGAGGAGGGUCUGUUGCUCACAGAGGAAUUACCUUCCAUGUAUUAUCAAGAUGAUGUAGUAGGAACAGAGUAUCAGGUACUGUUACUUGACUCAGUACCGCCUGAAAGUACUAUAAAUCUUCGGGGACUUGAAUAGUCGUAGACGAUUUGUCUAUGAAAAAGGAUGAAAACCGGUCAUUGUUAUUUUUUAAUGUAGGAUAAGUUUUAAUAUGGUCUGUGAUCAAAGGCUUGUUUUCAGCCUUCCAUUCAUUUAUACAGCAGUCCAU